CGAUUUUGGCUUUGUUUGGGUUAGGUUAUUGAUUGAUUGAACGUCUUACAGACAAAUUCUAAUCAGAAAAGAAGAAAAGUUGUCAUAUUUUUUUUCACUGAGUUCAAUUAUUAUCAUCUUUGUCAAUUUCUUGUCUCUGAUUAUUUUCACCACUGUGUGCUGUUUUGUUUUUGAUUGGAAAAAUUAUUUGAAAUUUUCUUGAGAAAAUCGAAAAUGUCAUCGUUGUUGUCGUCGUCGUCGUUGAUGAUGAAGAUGGAUUCGAAUCGAAUCAUUUUAUUGAAAUUAUUUAUAUCCGGUUUGUCAUCCUAUAUUUUCGCCAUUAUUUAUCAAUUAUGUUUGGCAAAUAACAAAUCAAUACUUUUGAAACAUUUUUUCAAUAUAUCAAUUGGAUUAUCGAUUUGUUUAUUCAAUUUUGGUAUCGAUACUAUUCAUUCGUUGAUAACAUGUUUAACAAUUUAUUGUUCGAUUCGUUUACUUGGUCCGACGCGUUUGAUGGUUAUUUUAAAUUUUGUUUUUUGUAUGUCAUAUUUAUUAUAUGGAUAUUAUGAUAAAUAUCUAAACAAUUUACAUGAUGUUUUAACAUGGACAAUGCCACAAUGUGUAUUAACAUUGUCAUUAAUUGCCUUAUCAUUUGAUAUUUAUGAUGGUCAACAGAAUUUGAAAUCGAAACAAAAUCCUAACCGUAAUAAUGAUAAAAAAAAUAUCAUCACCAAUGAAGAUACAGCCAUCGAACGUAUACCAACAUUUAUUGAAAUUCUAUCGAAAUGUUAUUUUCCACCAAUAUUUUUAAUUGGUCCACAAAUUAAAUUCAAAGAUUAUAUCAUAUUUAUUGAAUCCAACGAAUCCAUUUUGAAAUCAUGCUGGAAACCAUCCAUUUUGCGUUUUUUAUCCGGUAUUAUUUAUCUUUCAAUUUAUCAAAUCGGCAGUAUAUAUUGGCCAACCAGAUAUUUAUUAUCCGAUGAUUUUAAAUCCUAUGGGUUAUUUGCAAAAUUGACCAUAAUAGCCAUAACCAAUAAGAUAACAUUAUGUAAAUAUAUAUCCGGUUGGUUAAUAUCUGAAGGUGCAUGUAUAAUGUAUGGUAUAGCACGGAAUCCAUUGAAUCCCCAUCAACAUGAUCGUUGUAGUAAUGUAUCAAUAUUUCAUUUCGAAACAACGGCUACAUUCCGUGGCAUUAUCGAAUCCUUCAAUAUAACAACCAAUCAAUUUGCAAUGAAAUAUAUUUUUAAGCGUUUAAAAUUUUUGGGUUCGAAAAUGUUAAGCCAGUUAAUGACAUUAUUUUUCCUAGCAUUAUGGCAUGGUUUUUCAAUCGGCUAUUAUAAUACAUUUGCAUUGGAAUUUCUUAUCGUCAAAAUGGAAACAGAUAUUGCCAAUAAAGUGAUUGAAUAUCGUACUGGUAAUAAUGGAUUUAAUCAAUUAUUAAAUAACAUAUCGAUUCGUUGGUUGCUAUAUUUACUGAUGCGUAUACAUGUCAUCUAUAUGCUUAGCUAUUCAUUAAUAUCAUUUACAAUACUAGAUUUUUUCAAAUGGACAUCAACAUUGUCAGAAAUUUAUUAUCUUGGUCAUAUCAUUUAUUUUGGUUGGUUCAUUCUAUCCAUUCCAUUCAAUCUGUUAUCUUCUUCCAAUUCAUCACACAAAAUUUCUAAUCAACAGAAAAAUAAAUAA